AUCUGUGUUCCACUGGCUUUGUCUGUAACGUUACGCUUUUUGGCAGGAGGUGUUGAGCACAGCAACAAUUCUAAAGUACACUCGACCCUCUUUUCGGGAGUAAACAAAAUAUUCCUCACUGUAUUUAUAUAAACCCGAAAAUAAAACCAGCACUUAAUAUUUAAGUAAGGGUCCUGCUGCUGAGGUGUCCCAACGUACUUAUUUUACUUGAUAGCUACGAUUUCAAGGAGUAUAUUCGGACAAAAAUAUGAGAAUGAUGGCGUGGCAGUAGCAGUGGUGGUCUAGCUGUGUGUGAGCCGGUGGACGGCUCUGAGUCUGGUGUGAGAGGGACGGAGCGAGGAAGAGUUUGUGGAGAUGAAGGUGGGACAGAAGAACUCGGUGUGUAUCCUGUCCAGUCGAGAGCGAGGAGCACGAGGCCUUUCCUCACACAGGAUCCUGCAGCAGCUUGUGGAGGAGAAGACACAGCGCAUGAAAUGGCAAAGCCAGAAAGUGGAGUUACCAGACAGCCCCCGCUCAACCUUUCUUCUGGCCUUCAGUCCUGAUAGGUCUUUAAUGGCCUCGACCCAUGUGAACCACAACAUCUACAUCACAGAGGUUAAGACAGGAAAGUGUGUUCACUCUCUAGUGGGUCACCGCCGGACACCCUGGUGCCUGACCUUUCACCCUAGCAUCCCUGGUCUUAUUGCUUCUGGCUGCCUGGAUGGAGAGGUUCGAAUCUGGGACCUGCAUGGAGGCAGUGAGAGCUGGCUCACAGAGAGUAACUCAGCAAUUGCAUCCCUUGCUUUCCAUCCUACUGCUCAGCUGCUGCUCAUUGCCAGCCACAAUGAGCUGCAUCUAUGGGACUGGAGUCGGAAGGAGCCCUUUACUGUGGUGAAGACUGCUAGCGAGACAGAGAGAGUCAGGUUGGUGAGAUUUGAUCCAUUGGGUCACUAUAUUCUAACUGCCAUUGUAAACCCUUCAAACCAACAGAAUGAUGAUGAUCCUGAGAUUCCAAUGGACAGUGUGGAGAUGCCUCAUCUCCGUCAGCGCUCUUUCCUCCAGUCCCAGCCUGUAAGACGAACACCCAUCUUGCACAAUUUUUUGCACAUACUCACUUCCCGCAACUCCGUCCCUCAGUCUGGAGGCACUCUUGCUGCUUCUAGUGAUGAGGCCUCUGAUUCGUCUGGGCGUUACACUGUUUUGAGGGAUCGAUCCCGACUGCCAUACCAUGGUUGCGUUCAGUCACUCGGAGUAGUGUGUUUCUGUAGCCGUUGCUCAUCAACACGGGUUUCGUCUCCACCUGACGAGGACCCUUCCGACUCCGCCUCCUUGGAGGGACAAUCACAUGCAUCUACCUUUUCUUCUGCACGAACAGAGCCGCGAAUACCAAGGUUUCCUGUUGAAUCUCAUGCUUCAAAUCGGCCCUCAGCAUUUAGCUGCGUGUAUGGUGGCGGGAGCAACGUGCGGAACAUUUCUUCUAGCUCUGGGAGGAGGGGAGUGGCUGGAAUGACACCCAUCCCACCUUUCCGGCAGCAACCACCAGGCAGGGAAGAUGGAGGCCGUCUCCCUGGGCCAGACUGGAUAGGCUGUGUGCUUAAUGGACGAGGUAGUAGUAUGACUCCACCCAGAACCAGCGCUUCCUCUGUCAGCCUGCAUUCUGUCCUGCGACAGCAAGGGACUUUUAGCCAGUCACCUGUUUACACCUCAGCUAGUGAUGGAUUGGACCUUUCUCAUAGCAGCGGCAGCACAUCAGGGACUAGUUCUAGCAGGCAGCACCCACCAGAGGAAGCGGGGCACAGCAGCCCUUCUUUCAUCCGCAAUGUUCUUCAGUGUAACCUUAACCGCUAUUUCAUGGAGUGUGAGCGAAUGCAGGACCUGGUGCAGCCUCUAGAGGGCAACAGGCAGGACCAGCAGACUCAGGAAAUGCUGAAUAACAACAUGGACCCAGAGCAACCAGGUCCAUCUCAUUACCAGCCACUUUCCAGUGACGAAAACCCUUCACACAGUCACAUGAACCGCUGUAGAGUCUGCCACAACCUUUUCACCUACAAUCAGGGUACUAGGCGCUGGGAGAGAACAGGUCAGCCGACAUCUGCUGAGAGAAAUGCAGCUUGGCAACCUACUAGUCCUGCCCUCCACAGUGUAGCCCCAGUCUCUCACUCUGAUCAUGACCUACUGGAACACAGACCCAUGGAGCCCAGCCCAGAUGCCCCAGAGCCUCAUGUUCCCUUUUCCCGCAGCACAGCAACUGGUCAGCAGGAGGAGCAGACUAUUGGGCUGGUCUUCAACCAGGAAACUGGACAACUAGAGCAUGUUUACAGGCAGUCCGCCACCUCUCGCUCAACAAAUGUAUCACAAGAAGCCAUAAACCAGGAAAUGCCUGAAGACACACCAGAUGACGAUUACUUACGCAGGUUGUCCCCUGCAGCAUAUUACGCACAGCGUAUGAUCCAGUAUCUGUCUCGGCGUGACAGCAUUCGCCAGCGCUCUCUGCGCCCCCCCAGCAGACCCCGACACCUGUCCUCCAAUCCCAGCAGCCUCUCCCCUGGCCCUGCCCCCAGCAUGGAGAACAACGAAGUUGACUUUGAGGAGUUUGAGGACAAUGGAAGCAGACAUAGGGCUCCUCGUAACGCACGCAUGUCUGCCCCCUCCCUUGGUCGCUUUAUGCCCAGGCGGUUCCUCUUGCCGGAGUUUUUGCCGUAUGCUGGAAUCUUCCAUGAGCGAGGACAGCCGGGCCUGGCAACACACUCAUCCGUCAAUAGGGUCCUCGCAGGUACGUUCGCCCUCUAA